GAUGAAAUGAUCAAGUGUUCAGUGUGUGAUGUAUCGAUCGAAUCAGAUCGAUUAUCAUUGAUAUCGCAUUAUCGAUCCGAUUGGCAUAAGCAUAACUUGAGUCGAACGCUUCAAGGACGACCGAUUCUAAGUGAAGAGGAAUUCGAACAGCUGAUUUCUGACGAAGAAGAACUCAGUGAUAUCGAGUCGAUGAGCGAGGACGACAAUGAGCAGUUGUUGACGUGCGGUGUUCACGAAUACUUCGUUCAUGAGUCGGAAGUGUUCUCGAUUUACAACGCGAUUUUAGCGAACGAUGAAAGCCUGUCUAGCGAAUUCUUUCGAAAACCAUUGGACUGUGCUAUUUUUAUGGUUGCCGGUGGACAUUUUACUGGUGGAAUCUUCAAAAAUAAUGAAAUGAUAGCACAUAAAAGUUAUCAUCGAUACACGGUUCGUGCUAAACAAGGUGGAACACAGAGUGGAGCGGAUUCAAAGGGUGGCAAGAAGGCGAAGAGUGCUGGUGCAACGUUGAGAAGGUAUAAUGAAAAAAUGUUGAAAGAAGAUAUUCAAGAGGUUAUCGCUAAGUGGAACGAUGAAAUCAAAACAUUGUCAUUGAUUUUUAUUCGAUGCUCAAGUUACCAUAGGCCAAUUUUCUUGAGCGAUAGUCUUGAGAGGACACCGUUCUUGCGAAACGAUCCAAGACUUCGGUCGAUUCCAUUCGAAACUCGACGACCAUCGCAACAGGAAAUGGAACGUACUUGGACACAAUUGAAGAAUGUUUACUGUUAUGGAAGUGUUGAGGAAUUUCGAAAGGAAUUGUUGGAGCGAAAUAAACAACGCAAAAAGAAACGACGAAUAUUACGAAAGAAGUUGAAAACAACCAAGAAUUUGAGUCUAAAUGAAAUAUCAUCUGAUGACGGAGAACGGAGCAACGAACCAUUCAACAAUAAAGGCGACGAUAAUAUUUUGAAGAUUAUCGAAAGUCAUAAAGCUGCUCAAAAUGCUUCACAGUCACAGAAUGUUGAGUGGGAAGUGAGUGGUAAAGGAAAAGAAGAUGGAGAAGAAAAGCACGAUGAGUUGACAAAAGCCGAAAUGCAGUCGGUCUAUAUGGCUGUUCGGUCGGAUUCAGAGGAGCAGUUGAGUGCGAUUCUGAGUGCAUCUGACGAGAGACGAGUGAUCUUCGAGAAGUACAUCAGAGAGACACGAUUCCCACCAAAUACAGCAACUUUUUUGCAUAUCGCCGCUGGAAGGGGUGCACUUCACAUCAUACCCGUAUCCCAAAACCGUGAGACACGUCAAGUGUUCAGUCAGUAUCGAAUGGAAAACGUCGAUAGGUACGACUGGAAUCAGAGUCAAAUACCGGAAUUGGUCGUAAUGAGUGAAGAGAAAUUGGCGAAAGAACUCGAAAAAAGGCGAUUGCAACGAGAACGGAAAAGACAACGCGAAAAAGAGAAGAAGGCUGAGCAACGAGUCGAAAGAGCCAUUCAGGCUGAGAAAGAAAAGUUCUUGGCGCUGUCAGAUCGUGAAAAACGUGCGAUUGCGGCCGAAAGGCGAUUGGCAGCUUCACUUCAGACAAGACUCGUUGUUGUCGCGGACGAUGGAAAUCGUUGUUUUGAGGUCAGUUUUUGUUUUGAGUUAUCAAAAUCAACGUAA